UUCUGGCAUGCAUUACUGCUUCGCAUGAUUUAUGGCUUGAUGCAAUAUGUCCGAGUGUCUCAUGCCAAAGGAUUUUCAACAUGCAUCUAGGCGCCUCCUAGUCAAAGCAGAGACAGAGGCGAAGAUAUCGUUCAUUUUGUUCUGCACGUCAGAGGUCAAUGACUUUGGGAAUUAUCUCUUCCUCACAUCGGCACUAUUUGACUGCACUCGCUAUCUGUUGUCCUGAUGCCAACUUUGUGUUCGCUGCGUACAUGUCGGAUAUGCGCUCACUCGUUCUCUUUCUGCCCGCACCGCUGUAUUUCGAUGCAUAUUUCCGUGGCCAUUCGAUGUUACAAUUGAUGUUACAUACCCAGUGCUGUUCUGUGAGCCAGAUAGAUGAAACCAUGCGGGCGUUAAUCGUAAAGUACAUACAUAUAUAGGUGAAAUAGACAUGUGCUUGAGUGAUAGAUAUGAUGAACGCAG